AUGAAAGAAGAUAAGAGGAGGAAGGAGGCCGGUGACAGUGACGCGUUGGAGUCGGUUUUAUCACAUGUGGGCGAGUUGGGCUGCUAUCAGAAGCUAAUGUUGGUUUCGAUGUUGCCAUUUGGCGUGUUCUUCGCGUUUGUGUACUUCAGCCAGAUGUUCAUUAUGGCAACACCGCAGCGGCACUGGUGUCGGGUGCCAGAACUGGAGCACUUGAAUAUGGAGAUCAGGCGAAAUCUAUCAAUACCAAAAAUUGAAGAUGGGUGGCAGCAAUGCGUUAUGUACAACGCCAACUGGACAAGCGUUUUGGAGACAAUGGUUGCGCCCGACCCCACCACACACACUGUACCUUGUCGAGAUGGCUGGGAGUUCGAACUGGGUGAUAUCCCGUACCAUACAGUUGUCAGCGAGCGCGGUUGGGUCUGCGAAUAUUCCAGAUAUAUUCCUCUGGCGCAGACCAUAUUCUUCGUUGGUGCCUUGGCUGGAGGCAUAAUCUUUGGCUGGAUAGCCGACAAGUUCGGUAGAGUGCCUGCCUUGGUUGCUACAAACAUGAUGGCUUGUGUGGGCGGACUGGGCACUAUAUACACUACCGGCCUGAUGGAUUUCAUCUUCUGUAGGUUCCUCGUUGGAAUGGCCUUCGACAACUGCUUCAUGAUGAUGUAUAUACUAGUACUGGAAUACGUAGGACCCCGGCACAGAACUUGGGCGGCUAACAUGCCCAUCGCGCUCUACUUCGGUGGAGGCUGUCUACUGCUCCCGUGGCUCGCCUACUGGAUCUCCGACUGGCGCAUUUUCUUAUGGGUCACAUCCCUACCCAUGGCCCUCUCUCUCUUAUUGCCCCUCUUCAUACCCGAGAGCGCGAGGUGGCUCGCAUCGCGAGGUAAAGUAAACCAAGCUGUGAAAAUUCUGAGAAGGUUCGAGAAAAUAAAUGGAACGAAGAUCCCCCAAGACGUCAUGGACGAUUUUAUUGUGUCGUCAAGUCAAACCCGGCAGACAGGCGAAUCCAUAAUCGACGUGUUCAGGAGCGCACCGCUCCGCAACAUGAUGAUUUUCAUGAUCAUGAUCUACAUGGCGUGCGCGCUCAUAUUUGACGGCCUCGUGCGCAUGUCCGAGGGUCUGGGGUUUGACUUCUUCAUCACGUUCACCCUCACCUCAGCGACAGAAAUACCGUCCGUCACUUUGCUCGCGAUUGUACUUGACAGAUGGGGUAGAAGAAAAUUAACAGUCGGCCCUAUUGCCUUUGCUGGAACCCUUACGUUUAUUGCAGCAUUUGUGUCAAAAGGGCUGCCGCAAGUGAUCCUGGCGAUAGCCGCGCGGUUCACGGUGAAUAUGGCGUACAACACGGCGGUGCAGUGGUCGGCUGAGCUGGUGCCAACGGGUGCGCGCGCCUCGGGCUCCUCGCUGGUGCACGUCAGCGGCUACGUCGCCACCAUGCUGUCACCCUUUAUCGUCUACUCGGAGCGGUUCUGGAAGCCGCUGCCGCUGCUGCUGCUGGGCGCGGUGGGGCUGCUGGUGAGUGGCUUCGGCCUGCUGCUGCCCGAAACCAAGGGCCGCGCCAUGCCGCAGACCAUUUACGAGGCUGAGAGAUUCGUCACGGCGCACGCCCUAUGCGGGAAAGCCGAAGAAGCUGAAAUUGACGGGAAUGAAGACGAUUUGAAUAAUGAGAAACAGAAAGCUCUCAUUACGUAA